AUGAAUGGCAGCAAAUCUGCAGGAGAGCCAGCGGCGGCUGCUGCAGCCGGCCAGCCUCAGACACAGACACCGGCAUCAACGGACGCCGCAGGCCCGACGGGAGCAGAGCCGCCAUUGAUGGCCGGUGCCAAUGGCGGCUCAUCGCUGACCAAGAAGCGCAAGAAGGAGGGACUGAAGCCCAUCAUCACCACCGAGGGGGCGCCUCCGACUGGCUCUCUGUUCUCUUUGUCCCUGCUAGUGCUAGGGGCGUCGCAGCCAGUGCCAGUGGCAGCUGUGUCGGAGAGUCUGCUCUGGCCCCUGGGCCGUACGGCAGAUGGCCGCCUGUCUCAGUUGCGACAAUGCGAAUCUGCAGCCCGAGGAUGGUCGAGUGGUCCCCAGUGGCUGGCGUUGUGUCUAUCCAUUGGCGGCGGGGCUGAGGUCGGCAUCCUGGAAUAUGGUACCGCUCAGCUCCUAGCUAAUCUGUGGACGGGCCCUAUGCUCCUGCUACGUAUGAGCGGCCCGGCCCCAGUCAAGAGGGAGAUCAACGAAAGCUGUCUCUGGACCGUACUCGAGCAGGACUCGGUAGAGCAAGAAAGCUCGCAUCUUGCUCUCUCUCUCACCGUGGCAAGAGAGCCGAGUCACAGGGGCGGGCCGUCAUGCUCGUGGUUGUGCACAAAUGUCUCACGAUACCAAGUGCGCGUGAGAGAGGGGGGAUCGUCAAAUGGAGCCCGCUUUCUCCUGCGCGUCUCCCGCAUCGCUUUUGCGGUCUGA